AUGCUGCCUCAGAGGACUUCGUCGGUUCUCGAGUCCCUUCUUCAGGACACACAGAAAAGGUAUGGUAGGCCAGGAGCAGCGAGUCCUGGCACUGCAGCUGUGUCGCGCCAAACGCAGGAUCGUGAGGCAGCAAAGCCGCAGGGCAUGAUUCCAUGCCUAGGCUCUUGUGAUACUACGCGUGGACCCCGACAAUGCCCAUUGUGUCUCAUACCGCUUGACUCAUCGAGCCUUGUUUUUCACAUACAACAGUGCCCAAACAAUGUGCGUUCAUGCGAGUUCUGCGCUGAGGCGAUCCCAACUUUCUGCUACGAUGAGCACGCAUCCAACUGCCCAGAGAACAGAAAAGAAUGCUACGUUUGCCGUGCCCGAGUUGUAGCGUCGCUUCUAUCGCAACACUUGCGUGAGUGCGCGCCUGGGAAGGAGCUUAUUAUGUUCCACGGAACUACACUCGAGGCGUGUAAACACAUUAUGCGGGAGGGAUUUAAGCCGUCUAUGAAAGGGGUUCUAGGGGAGGGUGUGUAUCUAUCAAGAAACGUUAAGAAGGCGGUCAACUACGGUCCCGUUAUCGUUGAGUGUGUUGUUCGUGUUGGCAGUGUGGUGGUCAUCGACAAGAGGAAUCACCACCUUAGAAAGAAUUGGCCAGCACAUGGGUAUCAGUCAGCGUGGAUUCCCCCGGACGCAGGCGUUACUGCCAGUGGGCUGGAGGAGCAUUGCGUGCAUGACACCCGACGCGUUGUCCCUGUGCGCUUUUUCUCAGAAGCACAGGGGCAGAUCGCGGCGUGA